AUGUCAUCUGGGAGUCUGAAUUUGGAAUUAUCAAGGAAAACAUCGUUUCUGGGUCUAAAACUUUGUGUUGUAAUUGGUAUAUGUGUUGGUGUAUUCAUAAUUUUGAUAGUCUAUAUCUUAUCUUUGUGGGUCACAUUUCGAAGAAAAUCUAGAAGAAUACUAGACAAGUAUCCUCUUUCUCAAAUACCUAAUGUCUCGAAAGAUGUUGACAAAGUUAGAGGUCAAAAUCACCGUGAUAAUCCAAAGAGUUUAUUCCUGUCAAUUCGUGAUAAAUCAAGUGAUAAAAAUUCAAAGAAGAUGUCAGUUCAUUUGGGUAUUUUCAAAUCAAGUGAUGCUGAUAAUAUCAGCCAAUGUAGCUCUAUGUUUCAUCAUGAGAGAGGUUGUAGUUCACAAUCAAGAGAAGAGGGAAGUUCUGGGGCUAUCCAGAAGCAAUCUUUACUACUAUAUGGGCUUCCAAUGGCCUCUCCUUUAAUUGGAUUGCCAGAAGUCUCGCAUCUUGGGUGGGUUCACUGGUUUACUCUUUGUGAUCUUCAACUUGCGACAAAUCGUUUCUCACCAGAGAAUGUGCUUGGGGAAGGUGGAUAUGGGGUUGUUUACAAAGGCAUACUAGUCAAUGGGAUUGAGGUCGCGGUCAGGAAGCUUCUUAACAAUUUGGGGCAGGCAGCGAAAGAAUUUAGGGUUUUAAAGUUGAGAAUGGUAAAGGUUUUGUUCAUAGAUCAUGCUUUUGUUCUUUCUUGA